GCCGAUCCCAAACGGCGUCGUUUACUUUAGUAAUAAUUAGGUUCACAAACUCUUCUCUUCUCCGCAGCUCAACGAACUCUUCUCCCCUGUUUAACAAACUUUCCUGCGAUUUUUCUCAUCUCUUUUCAAUGGAAUUUUCGGUCGUUGAUUCUGUUCUUCUGAAUUCUUCAACUGAAUUUCGCGAUCCUUUGCCGUCCAAUAUACACGAUAUCGACAUUCAUUCAACCGGUGAUAAUAACUUGGAAUUUGAUCAAUCGGUUGCUGUUGAAUGGAUUGGUUCUAGUGAAGAAGAUACUUGUUCACGUGCUUCUAAAUUGUUAUUUCUUCUCAGCAGAGAUGCAUUGGAAACUGUUGAUCAGGCAACAGAGAAUAAAUCACUUGUUGGAUUUAGUGUCAAAUGUGAACAGGAUGCUUAUAAUCUUUACAACGAUCAUGCUUUUGAAAAUGGAUUUGGUAUUCGUAGAUACAAACAGAGGUUUAGGAGUGGAAAUGUAAGUUUGAGUAUGAAGUCUUAUUGUUGUUGGAAAGAAGGAAAGAAACUACAAAAGGGUACUGAAAACAAAUCUUAUACGAAGCUAGAUUAUCGUUCUGAUUGUAAAGCGAAGUUACAAUUUUCUAUUGGUGUUGAUGGUGACUGGACUGUUUCGAAGCAUAUUAUUCAUCACAAUCAUGCUUUUUGUGCCAUUGGUCAAAGACAUUUGCUGAAAUCACAUAGAGGUGUUGAUCGUGAAUAUCUUGAGUUUAUUAUGUUGAUGAAGGAGAGUGGGACAAAGGUUUCCGAUAUUCACAGAAUGCUUCAAAAGCAAUCUGGAGGUGUUAGUUCUCUUGGUUUCACCAAACGUGAUGCUUAUAAUGUUUUGGAAUCUGAAAGGAGUAAAAUGUUUGAUGGCACUGAUUCAAACACUUUGAUAGGUAUAUUGAAGAAAAGGGCUGAAGUGGAAUCUGAUUUUUUCUUUGAUUUUGAUUUGGAUGAUGGUAUCCUGAGUUGUUUUUUUUUGGAGAGAUGGGCAUAUGAAAUCAGAUUAUGAUAGGUUUGGAGAUGUAGUUAUUCAUGAUACAACUUAUCGGACUAACAAGUAUGACAUGAUCUGUGGUCCUUUCGUUGGUAUGAAUCAUCAUUGUAAAAACAUAAUGUUUGGUUGUGGUUUUAUGUUGAAUGAGAAGGUGGAAUCUUUUGUUUGGUUAUUUCAGACAUUCCUCAAAUCUAUGGGUGGUAAACACCCCAUCACUUUCAUGACAGACCAGUCAUUUUCCAUGGCAGCAGCUAUCAAAUCUGUUUUUCCUAACGCAAGACACAGACUUUGCACUUGGCAUAUAGAUGAAAAUUCCAAGAAACACAUCAUGUUUCUACGCAAGAAGCUGAACUUUGUUCCUUUAUUUGAUUAUGUUGUUAAACGAUGUGACACUAUUGCCGAGUUUGAUUUCUACUGGACUGAGUUGAACAAAGUGUAUGAAUGCAGUGACAAUACAUGGUUGAAAAGGCUCUACAGUCAUAAAGAAAAGUGGUGUCCUGCAUUUUCAAAGGAUUAUUUCUCUGGUGGCAUUCUAUCCUCCCAAAGAAGUGAAUCUACAAAUAGAUCCAUAUCUAGAAGACUCUCAAAAACUGCAACAUUGUGUGACUUUUACAAAAUGUUUGGUGAUGUUGUUGAGGAAUGGAGGUCAGAGGAAAAUGGUCAAGAUUUCAGAUGUUCAGAAGGCACUGUUGAGAUGGUACUGCUGCAAGAUAGUUUGUUAACUCAUGCUAGAGAUGUGUAUACC